AUGUCGCAAACCGAUAUGAUUGGAGGGCGCAAAGAAUACCAAUUGGUCAGAGUCUGGCGGAGAAGUGCGAUAUACGACGUUGGCGCUGGGGUUGAGGGGAUCGACGAGAUGGGGGGAAUGAAAGACAAUGCCGAGAUGGUCGAUAAAGAACAUACUGACAACGAAUAUCCAAUCAGGCGUAAUAUCACCGGGUAUCGAGCAGUAAAUGUCUUCUUCCGGAGGCAUAGGACAAUCAGUAAAUUGGUGAAAAUGGGAUCUAUCGACGGUAGCAUCAAUGACCAGAGUCAUGCAGCCAACUGGCAGGUCAAAGCCGCUCAAAAACAGCGACAAUGUCGAGAGGCUAUUCCAGCAGCAUGGCAGCUUCCUCCCUCAAUUCUCCAAUCUCUGGCUUUUCCAUUAGACAUGUAUCCCAAUAGGCUGCUUGACAUGGACAUUCCAAGAAAGUCGGGGCUUUUGUCUGACCGCGAGAUCGACAUCACCGAGAAAUACACGGUUUCGGAAUUGCUAGUUAAACUCGCUUCGGGAGAGUUCACCUCUCUUGAGGUCACGACAGCCUUCUCCAAAAGGGCUGCAAUAGCCCAGCAAUUGACUUCUUGUCUCACAGAGACAUUCUUUGAAGAUGCCCUUGCGAGGGCGAAAUAUCUUGAUCAGUCCAGGAGCGAAGGAAAGAUCCUUGGUCCCUUGCAUGGGCUUCCUGUCAGUGUCAAAGAUAGUUUCCAAGUCACCGGUACUGAGGCUUCCAUCGGAUUCAUUUCAUUCCUCGGAAAGAAGGCGGAGGCAAACUCAGCGUUGGUGGAUAUUCUGUUGAGUUUGGGAGCGGUUCUUUACGUCAAGACGAACAUCCCUCAAACACUCAUGACUGCAGACUCCGAUAAUAAUAUUUUCGGAAGGACUUUGAACCCUCAUAACACGGCCUUGAAUGCCGGAGGCUCUAGUGGCGGAGAGGGAGCUUUGGUGGCAUUCCGAGGUUCGCCUCUAGGUGUUGGAACAGACGUUGCAGGAUCGAUCCGUAUCCCCGCGUUAUGUUGUGGUACCUACGGCUUCAAGCCAACAUCCUCUCGAAUCCCAUAUGGAGGUCAGGCUUCACCCUCUCUUCCUGGUCUGAAGCCAAUUGUUGCCUGCGCAGGACCUCUUGCCAAUGAUUUCGAAGCUUUGGAAGUGUUUACUGAAGCCGUCAUUGAUUCAACACCAGCCAUGUUUGAUUCCACUGCAAUUGACGUUCCCUGGCGGCGACUGAAAGGCGAUGCCCCGUCUCAACUCAAGAUUGGCAUCUUGCCGGAGGACCCUCUUUAUCCACUCCAUCCUCCGGCCAAGAGAGCAUUGACAGAAGCCGUGAAACGGCUUGAAGCUGAAGGCCACCAGAUGAUUCCCCUGGGUGCUGCCGAUUGUCAUAUUGCUGAUGCAACAGAGGUGGCCUGCGAGAUCUUUAAUCUUGAGCCGGAGACGUCGAUGGGACAUACAAGAGCAAGCGGUGAACCCAUGGUGCCUUCGGUGGCAAGGAUGUAUGGACCGGCAAACGUUGGAAAUUACCGAUUCGUCCCGGACCUCAAGAAGCUGGACUCUUUGCACAAGCUUGCGGCAUUGACCGUCAAACGACAAGAAAUCUCCGAACACUGGCGACAAAUAUGGUCGGAGAGGAAGUUGGAUGCUGUGAUCGCUCCUCCGGCACAAAGCACCGCAGUUCCCCAUGAUACAUUUGGAUGGCCGCCCUAUACCUGUCUCCUCAAUGUCCUUGAUUAUCCUGCCUGUGUCAUACCCUUCUCGAAAGCAUCCAAGGACCGGGAUCCUGAGGCCAUGAAGAUGCAACCAGGACAAGGCGGGCCCAGUUAUCAACCGGAGAUUCAAGAUGGAGCUCCCUGCUCGAUUCAGAUUUUCACCAGCCGAAUGCGAGAUGAGGAGUGUUUGAAGGUGGCACGGAUAGUCGAUAGAUGUUUGAAGCAGCGAGCGUAA